AUGGGGGGAAUUGCUGGGAGAAUACCUGGCGGCUGGCCCUUGGUACCUGAACAUGUUGAAACGAGACCACUCUAUUGCGAAACUAGACCCGGUAUCGAACAGGGCCGUCUGGAAUUAUGGAUCGACAUGUUUCCGAGAGACAGUCCCAAGCUUCCUGCAUGCAUCGACAUCUCUCCCAGACAGCCAAAAACUUACGAAUUACGUUGCAUAGUAUGGAACACCGAUGAGGUCACACUGGAUGACGUCAACGCUCUGACGGGUGAAGCUUCUAGUGACAUCUUUGUUAAGGGAUUUUUGAAAGCUGUUGGCGUUGAUGAUCUAAAGACAGACAUUCAUUAUAGAUCCUUAACAGGCGAAGGUAACUUCAACUGGCGCUUCAUCUUCCGGUUUGAUUACUUGAAAGCCGAAAACAAAGUCGUUUACAUGAAGAAAGAUCACGUGCUCUCUACAGACAUGGUCGAACACAAAACUCCGCCGAAUCUGAGUAUUCAAGUCUGGGAUGCCGAUCUUGUUACUGCAGACGAUUUCUUAGGUCUGUCUGCAAGACCAACAUUUCAAACCAACGCAGGCUCCAUAGUUUUGAAUCUUUUGAAGAUCCCAAGGCCCGCCAAAAAGGUUGAAAAGUGCAGCUUGAAAAUGGUCGAAGCGGGCACGAAACACCCGACCUUGAACUUGUUCAAGAGCAAACGUUGCAAGGGGUGCCGACCGGACACUUCCUUCCUCUGGUUCAUGAACCCGCUGAAGACCCUGAAGUACAUCAUCUGGAAGAACUACAAGUGGCUCAUCAUCAAGCUGAUCAUCCUACUCAUCUUCGUCAUCUUCUUGGUCCUAUUCUUCUACAACUUCCCAGGGGCGGUUGUUGAUAGGAUCGUUAAUAAGGUCUAA